UACUGUAUGAAAGGGACCACUUCAUUUUGUGUAUAGAAUUGUAGCAAUGCACUCAGAUUCAAUUAUAAAAGCAGGUUUCUUCCUACUCCAACUAUAGCAAUUUAAAAAAAAAAUCUCAGAAAAAAUAUGGAAGAAGGAAAAUUAGGCACCAAUAUGAAGAGGAUCCUCCUCUUGAUAAAUUGUUUAUUUCUCUCUGUUGGUGUUUGUGGUGGUCCUCUAAUGAUGCGUUUAUAUUUUGUUGAAGGUGGUGCAAGACUUUGGUUUAAUAGCUGGUUACAAACUGGUGGAUGGCCACUCACUUUUAUACCUCUAACUAUCCUAUACUUCUAUAGACAAAAAUCUGAGGGCUCGGAUACCAAGUUUUACUUUAUAACACCUCGAAUUUUUGUUGCAUCGUUUCUCAUAGGUGUCCUCACGGGGCUUGACGCUUACCUCUAUUCAUGGGGCGGGUCAAAACUCCCCGUGUCUACUUCUUCGCUUCUAUUGGCCCCUCAACUAGCCUUCACGGCUAUAGGUGCUUACUUUAUCGUGAAGCAAAAGUUCACAUCGUACUCUAUAAACGCGGUGGUUCUAUUGAUAGUUGGAGCGGUUUUAUUGGGUAUUCGGGCGAAUGGUGAUCGUCCGGAGGGCGUGACUAGUAAAGAGUAUGCUAUUGGUUUUAUUAUGACUGCUUUGGCUGCAGCUUUGUAUGGAGUCAUUUUGCCUUUUAUUGAGUUGAUUUAUGUGAAGGUAAAACAGGCUAUUACUGUUACGUUGGUAUUGGAGAUUCAAAUGGUCAUGUGUUUCGCUGCUACUGCUUUUUGCACCAUAGGAAUGAUUGCCAAUAAAGACUUUCAGGCAAUUUCAAGGGAGGCAAAACAAUAUAACCUCGGAGAAGCAAGAUAUUAUAUAGUGGUAAUAUGGAGUGCAAUAAUUUGGCAAUGCUUCUUUGUGGGUGCUGUUGGAGUUAUUUACCUCUCAUCUUCAUUAAUGUCUGGGGUUUUAAUCGCAGUUUUACUGCCAGUUACUGAAGUAUUAGGUGUAAUUUUUUUUAAUGAGAAAUUUUCAGGUGAAAAAGGACUUUCUCUUUUCCUUUCUCUUUGGGGUUUUGUUUCAUAUUUCUAUGGAGAGUUCAAGCAAACAAAGAAGCUGAAGAAUAAAAAUCAAGAAAAUGAGAUGGCAAAGAUGCAAAAUGAGCAUGUUUGACUUACUAUUCAUGGUUAUUAUAGGAUAGUGUUAUGUUUUGUUGAUUUUACGACUUGUUCGGUUGGUUAUUAUGUAUUUUAUAUUUGUACUGUAUCAUAUUAUUAAUUACUACUCCCUCCAUUUAAAAAACAAUGGUCUACUUUCUUUUUUAGUCCAUUUAAAAAGAAUGAUUCCUUUA